AUGGCUUUCUUGGGCGAUGUAGCUGCUGCAGGGCUGGGCGCUGCAGUGACGGACACCAUUUUCAACCCUCUGGCCAUGAUUACUGUGAGGUUGCAGGUGGACAAGGACAAAGUGCUUUACCGCGACCUUCGCCAAUGCGCGCUGCGCAUCUUCCAAGAGGAGGGCUUGCUGGGCCUAUGGCUUCCUGGACUCGUGGCCACGUGGAUGAGGGCCUUCACGCAAACAGGCCUUCGCCUUGGGCUCUAUCCGAGCAUCAAGCGCUUGUACCAAUCGGCUGGACUUGGGGAUGACAACCUUGCCGUCAAAAUUUGCUCCGGGGCAACUACCGGCAGCCUUGGGGCCGCAAUUGCGAACCCCGUCGAUUUGAUCCGCGUGCGCCUUCAGGGCGAAGCGGGGCUUCUCCGGAACGGGGUGUACGCCACCGGGCUCCGAGCUGGCCAUCCUCCACGCCACGCCCACACCCCGCGAGCAUUUGUGGACAUCUUUCAGCAAGAAGGUCUCGGAGGCCUCUGGCGUGGCGUCUCGGCCAAUGUGGCUCGCGCAUCGCUGCUGUCGAGUGCGCAGCUGACUACGUAUGACCAGUGCAAGCAGAUGGCUGUGCACGCCGGCUGGCUAGAUGGCCCGAAACUGCAUCUGGCCAGUUCCUGCCUCUCAGGUUUCGUGGCCCAGAUCGCCUGCAUGCCUGCAGAUGUUGUCAAGACCCGUGUGCAGUGUGGGCAGGGUGUGUUUCGGCAUCCCCUACACUGUGCCGCCUGCAUACUGCGUGAGGAGGGCCCUCGCGGCUUCUACCGCGGGUUCGCGCCGGCGGCGGCGCGCCAGGUGCCAGUAAUGGCCGUCCAGAUGCCUAUCGUCGAACAGAUUCGCAAGAGACUCUUUGGCUUGGACUACAUGUAA